AUGGACUUUCAGAAGUUCUGCCUCAAGUGGGAAUCCACUGGGUUCCAGGGCGGCGUCACCUCCGUGUUUGACCAGCUCCACUCUGGAGGGGAGCUGCUGGACGUCACGCUCUGCUGUGAGGGACAGCAUGUUCGGGCCCACAGGGGGAUGCUGUCCGCCUGCAGUCCGUACCUCAGGGAACUGCUGAAGAGGAAACUGAAGGAGAGCGUCGCUGCCAAACUACCCGAGGGCACCUACCUGCACCAGCCGCCGUCCCGGUACAUUUUCCCCGGAGCGGAGGUGCUGGUCGAUCCUGACGACUCGGACAGCGACAGAGACUCCCUGAACUCGGACCGCGGCAGUGACGAUGAGUCUCCGACCGCGGAGGGCGACCAUCUGAACAACUCCACGGAUACUCCAGAGACGGCAGUUACUCCUACACACACCGACUCCUGUCCUCCGACGCCUCCUGGACGGACUACAACCUCUGGAGCAUCAUCAGGAGCACCGGGAACGUCUUCUGCACCACCUGCUGAGGAGCAACCCUCAUCUACACCGGCGGUGAACCCUUCCUCGACGUCGGAUAUCGAGAUGGAGCCAGAAACGGCGGUCACGUGA